ACGGACCAGAGAAAGGGAAAAGAAAAGAUUCUUUCAUUUCAAUUCUUCUCCCUCAUCAACUAAGCGUUCUCCUCUCCUUUUGACCUACCGCCGCCGCUACCGCCGCCACCACUUCCCAUUUUCCGGCCACCGCAACUCUGUCGUAUUCUUCGCUGUGUACCUCCGUAACAGAUAUUCCAAGACCGUCGCGGGAUCUUUUUACCAGAGUAUAAAUCUUAAACGGAACUAUCUAAGAAGAAAAUGCAGCAAAGAAAUUCAACAUUGGGAAGGCCUACUGGAACCGACGGUUCUGAUUAUUCCUACCGUAUGGUCGUUGAUUCAAGGUAUCAACUUGUUGCAAAGGGGAAGAAUCGCCUCUCUGUGCUAUUUAUCAUUGAGGCUUUGUUUCUGUUAAUAGGAGUGCUAUUUGCAGUUUUACAAGGGAAAAAAGACGACACAACAAAUAUAGUUGCCAUUUCUUCUGUUAUUGCUAGUGUUGUUUUGUUGAUCAUUGGGGAUUUAGGUAGAAGACGAAGCCGGUCGAGUUUGUUGAGACUAUAUGCCAUUCUAUCUUCCUUAGCUAUGCUUCUCUUCACUGCUUCUCUUGCUAACCAGUAUUCCCUGUUGAAGGUUAUCCAGUAUUUUAGUAAUCGGGAAACAAGCAGUUUUGAUGUUGAUUUUCUUGCUCUUCAAACUGGUUUGUUGGUAUAUAUACUCACUCUAUCAGUGUUCAAGAUUAGUAUCAUCAAAGCUGUUGUUUUCCUUCUUUUUAACAUGACGCCUCCCAAGAAAGCCUCUUAGCCUCAUGGAUUUUCUUUCCCAUUGAUCUGUAUGAAUGUAUCUUUUUGACUGAUUGAGGGAAUCUGACUUAUGUAAACUUUUCCCUGCAAAUCGCCUUAAAGACACUUGUUGUCCUUAAGCAAAUUUUUGUUUUUGAAUUUGAGCUAUCAUCUAACUUGAAAGAGGUCAAUAUUGAACUGUUACAUCAUACUCAAACUAGUGUUGAAGUCUUGUAGUGAAUUAGUGAUGAUAUUUAUAGAUUAAGCUACCAAUUUUGCUCUUGAA